AUGGAUAGUGAUACCAUUUUGGAAGAAGAUAUUGGGUGGCCAAAUGAUGAAACAGAAAAUGAUAUAUUACGAAAUAAAAUUGGAAAAAAAAUAGACAAAAAAAAUGAUGAAAAAAGUGAUCAAGAGAUAAAAAAAAAAAUGAGCAUUAUUGAAAUACAUAAAUUUAUUAAUAGAUUAAAAAAUACAAAUAUAAAAAGUUUAGAAAAAAAUUAUUUAAUAAAAUUAGAAAAUGAUAUAAAAACAUUAAAUAUAAGUAAAUAUUUAAGUGAAAUAGUUAGUUAUAUUUUAAAUUUAAGUUUAUAUAUAAAUAAAUAUUCCGAUAUAUUUAUUUUGUUAAAUAUUUUAAAAUAUAUUUGUCUAAAUUAUAACAAUGUAGAUUAUUUAAUUGAAAAGUUAAUAUUUAUUAAAUUUUUUAAAUUAGAUGAAAAAGAUAAAAAUUAUUUUUUUAUUAUUUUUCAUGAUAUAUAUAAUAAUAUAGAUGAAGAUAUUCACAUGUAUUAUGAUAAAAAUGUUUCUAAAAUAGAUACAAGGACUAAUACAAAAUGUGAAAUCUCUGAUUUUGAUAAUUUAGAGAUUCAAGAAAAUUAUAAUAAAAAAAAUGAAGAUUUAAAAAUAGAACAAACUUGUAUUUGGACAAAAAAAAUAAAUAAAAUUAAAAAUGAAGUUUUUAAAAAUAUGACAUCAUAUAUUUAUAAAGAAAAUCAUGAAAAUAUUGAAAAUCAGAAUUUUUUAUUUCAUAAUAAUUUAUUUUUUAGUUCACUAAAUGAAAUACAAAAUUAUAAUAAUAACAAAAUGGAUUCUAUUUCUUUUCCUAUUAGAACCAGUUUAGGAAAUGAUAUAAAUAAUAAAGAUAAAAUAUAUUAUAAAAAUAAUUUUGAAAAAAAUAUAUAUAUUCAAGAAAUGAUAAACGAUUCUAAUAUUUUUAAAAAGAUAGAAAAACAAAAUAAAUUAAGAAAAAUAUUAUUAUGUCUAUACUUUGAAUUGAUCUUACUUAAAAUCUGUAAUAAUAAAGAUAUGCUAAUAUAUAUGUUUAUAAAUCUAACAUUUUAUUCGCCUUUAAAUAUAGAUGCAAAUAUUUCAGGAAACGAAACGGGGAAAGAACCACGAAAUGAAACGGGGAAAGAAAUACGAAACGAAGUGGGGAAAGGAAUAAAAGGGUCAUCAUCAAAAUUAGGGAUACAUCCUUAUAAUAUUGAAAAAAAAAAUAAUGACAAAUUAAAUGAAGCAGAUAUAUUGAAUAUGAUUAAAAGUUGUCUGAGUGUUAAUGCAAUAGUUGUAUAUGAAUAUUUUUUUACAAAUACGACGAAUUUAUUUAGUGAUAUAAAACAUUUAUCGGAUUCGUGUAAGGCAGAUGUGGAUAAAAUGGAGAGCGAAAAAAACAGAGAAAUGAAAGCAAGCAUAGAAGUGGAAGCAAGCAUAGAAGUGGAAGCAAGCAGAGAAAUGGAGAGCGAAAGGGAGGGAUCUCAAAACAAGCUUGACUUAGACCAUAUGAAAGAUGUGAAAAAAUAUGUAAUAGAAUUUUUUAACAUUUUUUACAAAUUUGCUGUGUAUAAAAUAUUGAUAUAUUUAUAUGCAGAACAUGUAGAUAACGAAUAUAGAGAUAACAGUAAAAAAUUAAUAUUAAGAGAAAAAGAUUAUUUUUUUAAAAUAUAUAACAAAAGUAAAAAAUUUUGUCUUUUUUUUACACACUUAAAUAAAUAUAAUUUAAAUCAAAUUCAAAUAGAAGGUAUACAAUUAUUAGGGCUUGAUAAAAAUAGUUACAAUUAUAUAAUAAAUUCAGAUUUUAUAAAAAAACAAAAAAAUAAAACACAGACAUGUUUACAAUUUUAUAAUAGCCAAAGCAACCACAACAAUAUAAAUGAUAAUAAUUAUGCAGAUAUUGAAGAUAGCGAAAUAUGUUACGAUUGGAAUAGUCUCGAAGAAAAAAAAUUUUACACAGUUUUUCCGGAAUACUCUAAUAUCAAUAUAAAUUUAAAUGAUGACGAAAAUGAUGAAGAUGGGAAAAAUGGCGAAGAUGGGAAAAAUGGCGAAGAUGGGAAAAAUGGCGAAGAUGGGAAAAAUGGCGAAGAUGGGAAAAAUGGCGAAGAUGGGAAAAAUGGCGAAGAUGGGAAAAAUGGCGAAGAUGGGAAAAAUGGCGAAGAUGGGAAAAAUGGCGAAGAUGGGAAAAAUGGCGAAGAUGGGAAAAAUGGCGAAGAUGGGAAAAAUGGCGAAGAUGGGAAAAAUGGCGAAGAUGGCGAAGAUGACAAAAAUGACGAUGUUUUAAAAAAAAAAACCAACAAACAUAAUGAAUUUCUUAGUUACACUAACAAAAUAAUUAAUAUUAAUAAUGAAAAAGAUCUUGAAAAUAUGGUUAUGAUAUUUUUAUUGAAUUAUAAUACAAAGAAAAAAAGAAAAAUAAUAGCAACAAAAAUUACAUAUUUAAAUAAAAUAACAAUAAAUUUGAUACCAUUUUAUUGUAGAUAUAUAGCUAUUGUAAAUAAAUAUAAUAAAGAUAUAUGUUUAAUAGUAAUAGAUGAAUUAAAACGAAUUAUUGAAAAAGAUAUAAAAAAUAAAUUACCAUGUCAAAAUAAAAAAAUGAAAUGUAUAAAAUAUAUUUGUGAAUUAGUUAAAUUUAAAUUAUUAGAUAUGUCUUAUAUAUUAGAUGUUUUAAAUUUGUUAAUCAAAAAUUUUACACAUGAUCAUGCAGAAUUAUGUUUUUAUAUUUUAGAAAAUUCUGCUAUAUUACUAGUAAGCAAUUCAAAAACACACAUACGUUUUUUAUAUAUAUUAGAAAAAUUAAAAAAAAUAAAAAAUACUAAAAAUAUAUCAUCAUCAUUAGAAAAUAUAUUUGAAGAAUCUUGUAUUAGAGUCAAAAAAUAUUUAACAGAAAAAACCAAAAAAAAUAUGUCUAUUUCAAAUAAAAAUGAAGAUAUUAAUUUAAAUAAAAUUAAUUAUAAAGAUGAUAAUAUUUAUAAUAAUUUAUUUAAUUAUGAUAAAAAAAAAAAAAAAUAUUUUUUAAAAAAAUUAUUAUUUCAAGAUAUGAAUUCUAGUGAUAGUGAUGAAAAUAUAUAUCUUAUAUCCAAAUAUAUAAGAAAAUUCAAUUGGGAUGAUAAAUUUAUAAGUUAUUUUUUAAAUAAAUAUAUAUAUAAAUAUUUAAAAUAUAUGAGUAUUUAUCAAAUAAAUAAAAUACCAUCUUUAUUAUAUUAUAUAGCUAUAUAUAAACCUCAAUUUGUAAUACAUAUUAUUGAUGAAUUGAAUGAAAAAAUUAUAAAAAAUUUUGAAGAUAAUGAUUAUAAAAAAUUCCCAUAUCUUAUACAAUAUGCUCAUUUAUUUUCGGGUUUAUAUAUUUACAAAAUUUUAAAUUCAUCAAACGUUUUUGAUAUUUUAUAUUUUUUACUUUCAUUUUCAGAUUCUAGUAUGUCUAAUGCUUCAAAUAUUUUUGAGAUGUAUAAACUUUUUUCUCAAAAUUUGAAAUUUACUAGAAUUGUUAAAAAUAAAAUAUUAAUAAAAAAAAAAUUAAUACCAAAUGAGGAAAAUAAACAAAAUAAUCUACAAACUGUAUCUGCUUCGUUUAGCAGCAUCCCGUUUAAGGAGGGCGAAGUGAAAAGCGGAAAUGAUGGAGGCGGGAAAGAUGGAGGCAGAAAAGAUGGAGGCGGAAAAGAUAACGGGGGAGUGUUUUAUUAUGAUGAUGAUGAUGAUGGUGGUGAUGGUGAUGGUGGGGAGAUGGGAAAUUUCUCUAAAUUUUUGUUCAUAAAUAAUAAGAACCCGAUUUUAAAUAACAUGUUAAAUGACCAAGACAAUAACAGUUUUAUUAACAUUAGAAUGAUAUGUAUAAUUAUAGAAAACUGUUUUAAAUAUUUUAGUAACAUUCCAUUGUUAAAAUAUAAAUUAAAUAUAUUUUUUUUAUUUUUUAUUCGUUUUUUGCUAAUCUUUGAAUCAUUACCCAUAUAUAUUAGAACCACAAUAGACAAUUUACUAAAGCAAAGUGGUUUAAGCAUUUCCUAUUUUAAAACAAUAAAAGAUGUUGAUAACAUUUUAUUUGUGAUUUUAAAUUAUGAAUAUAAAAUAUUUCAUAAUGAGAUAAAAGAGUAUGACAAAAAUAAUGAUCACCUUUUCUUCUUUGACUCAGAUCUAAAUUUUAAAUUGGAAAAUGUUGAAAAUGUUGAAAAUGGUGAUAACGCAAAAUUAGCUACCAAUUCGGCAAAAUGCAUAAGACAAAAUCGGGUAAAUAAUAAGCCAAAUUUAGAUAAGCCAAAUAAAAGUAACAAUUUUUCAAAGUAUAAUAAAAUUGAAAUAGAAGAAAUGGAUAACGAAAUUAAACAAAUAAUAAAAGAGUCCAUAGAUGAAAAUAGAUUACCAAAAAAUAUGACACACACAUCAGUUAAUUUUAAAAAAAAAUUUUAUUUACAACCUUUUAUUAAAAAAGGGAUUGUUAAAUUGUGUUGA